GUCCUACAUAAAGAGUGCGGGACAGGGAGCCGGGCGGCACACACAGGGCAACACACCUUUCUGCACACACACGACAAAGGCACAGCAGCAGGAAGAGUCAGGAGAAGAUUGGCAUAGAGUAAGGAAGAGAGGGGGUAAGGACAAAGGAACUGGCAGGGAUUAACUAAGAAGAUAUGGUACGCUCAUGUGAACAAGGGAUCCCUGCCUGGGUCUAUGUGGGCACCCUUCUCCUCUUAAUCCACUCUGUCACAGUUAGAGGAGCUGCCCUGAAACAGGAGGUUGUGUUGGACAAUUGGGCCACAGUGCUGAAUCACUCCAUGAGUUUGGUGCAGCGUAUGGAGACCCUGCUGGCCCUGGGGAACGGCAGUGAUGUCACUCUCCGGGUGCAGACCAUCAACACAGACGAGGUGAAGGUGAUCCAGGCCCACAGUCUGGUUCUGGCGCUGCAGAGUGACGUGUUUGAGGAACUACUGCUCACUCGCAACAACAGUGCUCUGGUUUUGAGGGAGACACCCGACUGUGCAGCUGUCUUUGACAAGUUUGUCAGGUAUCUGUACUGCGGUGACAUCUCAGUGCGACUAGAUCAGGCCAUUUCUCUACAUAAAUUGGCCAGCAAGUAUCAUGUGUGGGCCUUGCAACAGGGUCUGACCCAGUAUAUGACCCAACAUCUGUCUAGUGAUUCACCCACAGGCCAUGUCAUUGGCUGGUACAACUAUGCAUUACAAAUUGGGGACAUGGUCCUGCGGGACAGCUGCCUGCAGUACCUGUCCUGGAACCUGUCUUCUGUGCUGCAGAGCGGAGAAUGGGGCUCGAUCAGUGAAGACCUACUCCUCUCCUUGCUCCAGCGCUCUGACCUCAUUCUUCAGAGUGAGCUGGAGCUCUACGAGGCCCUGGAGGCCUGGAUUAGGCAGAACCAACCAGUCAGUGCAACAGUGGAAAGUGCCCUGAGGGCUGUUCGAUACGGCAUGAUUCCCCCUCAGCACCUCUUUCGUCUUCAGAAGCAAUCCUCCCUCAUGCAGAAGCAUUACGAGUUUAUCCGUGAUCUACUCUACCUAGCGUUCCAAUUUCACUCCGCCUCACCAAUCCAACUGGCCAAGUACUUUGAUGUCAACUGCAGUAUUUUCACUCCCCGUAACUACCUGUCCACUUCCUGGGGUUCCCCAUGGCUCCUCAAUAACCCCACCCGUGAUGACCGCAGUUUUAGCUUCCAGACCCAGCUCGGGCCCAGCGGCCAUGACUCCAGUAAGAGAGUGACCUGGAACGCCCUAUUCUCCCCUCGUUGGUUCCCACUCAGUGCCAGGUCAACCUAUACUGAGCUGGGUUCCAUGCAGCCUACACGCACAGACGGAGGUCGACCUCGCAUUAUUGUAACACCAGCCACUUCUAGUCCAGACUUUGCUGGUGUGAGUUUCCAGAAGACAGUGAUUGUGAUGGCAAAACAGCAAGGAAAAGUGGUGGUUCGCCACGUCUACAACUUCCACCAAAGCACAGAGGAGGCCGGGGAUUUCCUGGUGGAUGCUGACCUGCAGCGCCGUUCAUCAGAGUACCUGAUUGACAGCUCCCUCUAUCUGCACAUUGUAAUAAAACCUCUCUACCAUACCCUCCUUGUUGCCAGGAAGUAAAUGCAGUAACCAUUAGUUAUCCACCCACACAAUCACAUGCACAAAUUCCAAAGUAAACUCACAUCACAGCACAUGUUUAUGCGUCAUGUCUGUGACAUCUCCAUUGUUGGUUAGUUUCUGUAUUUUGUUGUCUUCCAACUAUUCAGCAAGGAGGUGUUUGUACAAUAAAGGACUCACAAUAAAAAAAGACAACAA